AUGGCCGCGGUGGGCAAGCUCCGCUUCACCGUCAGGAGCCUUUUGGAUUUACCCGAGCCCGAAAGCGAGGGCGCCAAGGAGCCGGACUCCGCCGAGAGCUACGGCGACUCCCCGUACCGGGAAUGGAUGGAAACCGACAGGAGCCACUAUCUCUCUUCGGACGAGAGCGGCCCUGAGAGCAGAGCGCGCCCGCCCGCCGCCCGGGAGGAAGAGGAGGAGGAGGAGGAGGAGAAGAAGAAGAAGCGGCGGGUGCUCUUCUCCAAGGCCCAGACGCUGGCGCUGGAGCGCCGCUUCCGCCAGCAGCGCUACCUGUCGGCGCCCGAGCGGGAGCAGCUGGCCCAGGUGCUGCGCCUGACGCCCACGCAGGUGAAGAUCUGGUUCCAGAACCACCGCUACAAGACGAAGCGGGCCAAGGCGGGGCCCGGGCAGGCGCCGCUCCUGCGCGGGGUGGUGGUGCCCGUGCUGCUGCGGGACGGCAAGGCCUCCUGCCAAGGCUGCAGCGGCCCGCCGGCCCAGGACUGCGGCCGGCCCCCGGGGGCCCUGGGCCUGCAGGGCUACCCGCCCUUCCCGCCGCCAGCCGCCCUCGGCCUCUUCCCGGCCUACCAGCACUUGGCGCCGCCCUCCCUGGUCUCCUGGAACUGGGGCUGA